AUGAACCCUCUUCUCCAAAAGAACAAGAUUGACGUCAAGUCGCUUUCCCCCGAGGAGCAGCGCCUCUUCCGACUCUACGGCAAGCUCCCCUCGCGAUCCGACCACUUUGCCAAGCACCUCAAGGAUCGCAAGUACUUUGACUCGGGCGACUAUGCCAUGUCCAAGGCCGGCAAGGGCGACAGCGUCGAUACGGGAGCUGUUGGCUCUGAACACCCCGUUCCCGAGAAUAUCCCCCACCUCUCCUCGCCCGUCAACUCUGGCGCCAACGGCGGCAGCGGCAGCGCCAUCCCCAAGCACCUCGGCUUCGGCGGCGCGAGCGCGCCCGCGGGCACCGCAGCCGCCAACCUCCAAGCCGCCGCCAAUUCCGUGCCUCAGGGCCUCCAGGCCGGAAGUCCCGUCAAGGAGAGCAGCUUCCUGCACCGCGAGACGUCGGCCAACGAGACCGACGACGCCGCCGAGCAGAACAAGGCAGAGCCUGCCGGAGCUGGUGGUGCUGGCAUCCCAAUCCGCAGAUGA